AUGCUAUGGACUUAUGGCUUGGGAGCGUGGGCUCUGCGUGGCUUGGGAGCGUGGGCUCUGGGGUUUCAGCUGAGAUGUGAUGUGAUUUGGGAAGGUCAGUGGGGACCUGGUGAGGUUCUGCCCUUGUGUGAGUCAUCCGGUGUGUUUGUGUUGUGUGUUCAGGAGAGCGAUUUCUUCACGCCGCAGGGAGAGUUCAGGGUGGAUAAAGCGGCGUCUCCAGCGCUGCUCAACUCUCUGAUGUAUAAGAUGUCAUACUAUCGCUUUGGAGAAAUGCAGCUGGACUUCAGAACUCCUCCAGGAUUCGACCGAACGCGAAACACCGAGAUCGGAAACAAGGACGUGAGGCUGAAGCACCUGGAGGAAGCGUUCACUUCCGAGCACUGGCUCGUCCGGGUAUAUAAAGUCAAAGAUCUGGACAACCGGCAGCCGCUGGAGCGCAAACCUCGAGUCACCAGCGCCAAUCACACGCACAAACACAAAUCCAGGAAGGGCAGCAGGAGGAAACAAGGAUUCAUUAAAAACAAACUUGUUCUGAAGAAGGGCAGAAGAUUGAAACGGAAACAGAAGCGAACAAGACUAGACUCAUUGAAACGAACAAAAGUGGAUCGGUGAGGAUGAAGACUGACUGUUUGAUUUCACCUGGUGCUCUGAGGCUCUAACGCUCGUUAUUAUCUUUAUUUCACAGUUUAAUACUUGAAUAUUUGUCUGAUAUGACUUUCUAGACAUUAAAGGUGAAGGAGAAUGAAGAUGUUGAACCAAAGAGCUAAUGUUCUCCUCAAACGAAACAUUUACACUUGAAAAUUAUAAUUAUUAUUAAAAAUAUAUAUAUUUUGGCCAAAUGUAAGAUUUGAAGAGUUCAGAUGCAAAAUCCUCUAAAUCCAUCUGACGUCUUUCUUUAAAAAAUGCAUUUUUAUCAGGUUCCGAUGUAUAGGUUUCUACCCAAGUACCGGUAAUUCUGAUUGGGCUGAGGCUGGGUUUUAGAAGUUGAAGAAUUUGAUGGACGUAUAAUAUGUGUCGAGAGCAUUCACUCAGUAUCAUUAUCUCAAUUUUGUCCAAGAUGUUUUUUUUUUUUUAUGGGGUUUUGCAUCUGAACUCUUAGUUUAUACAUAAAUCUUAAAAUUAGGCCUACAUAUUUUUAAGUGUAUUAUAGUAAUUGUAAUUUUAAAUAUUCUUGUGUAAAAGCAAUUUUUGAAGGGGUUCUGAUAUUUUAUAGUUUUUCUAUUUUCUUUGAGUUUUUAGGGGAUUUUUUUGUAACAAUGAAUCAAAUGAAGCAAUAAUUAUUAGGACUUCUGGAGUUUUUCCUGUGAAUGGAUUUUUUUUUUGUGGUAAAUGUACAGCAUGAGUGUUUUUACAUGUAAUCCUUAACUCAAAUUUUAUAUUACAGUUUAGUAUGUACAGAUAAAUCUCUCAUGGCUGCUGAUCUCACUGUCACUGAUCUGAUGCUGCUUCACUCCUCAGACCUGAACUCACGUUUGUGUGGAUUUUUAUACUGUGACUGAUUUCAUUUCAUUUAUUUCUCAAUAAAAGCUUUUAUCUAGCUCA